ACUGGGGCAGUCGCUCAGACGCCUUCCUUCUGGGCUACGCGGCCGCCCUGCCCGCGGCCGCCCUGUGGCACAAGCUGGGGAGUCUGUGGGCGCCCCCGGGAGUUGCCGCGCGCCGGCUUCUCGGCUGCCUGGGCUCCGAGAUCCGCCGCGUCGCGUUGGUCCUGGCCCUGCUGGUCCUCUCCUGUCUUGGGGAGAUGGCCAUUCCAUUCUUCACUGGCCGCCUUACUGACUGGAUUCAACAGGAUAAGACCACCUCUGGCUUCACCCGAAACAUAACUCUUAUGUCUGUGCUUACCAUAGCCAGUGCCGUGCUGGAGUUCGUGGGUGAUGGGAUCUAUAACAGAACCACGGGCCAUGUGCACAGCCACUUGCAGGGAGAGGUCUUUCGAGCUGUCCUGCGCCAGGAGACUGAGUUUUUUGCGCAGAACCAAACAGGUGCCAUCACAUCUCGAGUAACAGAUAAUACGUCCAACGUGUGUGAGUCUCUGAGCGAGAAACUGAGUCUCCUGAUGUGGUACCUGGUACGAGGGCUGUGUCUCUUGGGGUUCAUGCUCUGGGGGUCACUGUCCCUCACCAUGGUCACCCUGGCCUUCCUGCCUGUGCUUAUCCUUCUGCCUGCGAAGAUGGGAGAACUGUACAAGUCAGUGGAAGUACAGAAGCGGAAAGUUCUGGCAGAGGCAAGCCAAGUAGCCAUUGAGGCCCUAUCAGCUAUGCCUACAGUGCGGAGCUUUGCCAAUGAGGAGGGAGAGGCCCAGAAGUUUAGGAAUAAACUGGAAGAACUGAAGACACUCAGCCAGAAGGAGGCCCUGGGCCUUGUAGCCAACGUCUGGACCACCAGUAUCUCAGGGAUGCUGCUGAAAGUGGGCAUUCUGUACCUCGGCGGGAAGCUGGUGACAAGAGGGGCUCUAAGCAGUGGGAGCCUUGUCACAUUUGUUCUCUACCAGAUCCAGUUCACUACAGCUGUGGAGGUACUGCUGAACUACUACCCCGAGGUCCAGAAGGCUGUGGGCUCCUCAGAAGAAGUAUUUGAGUACCUGGACCGAACGCCUCGCUGCCUGCCCAGUGGUUUGUUGUCCCCCUUAGACAUUCAGGGCCUUGUCCAGUUCCAAGAUGUCUCCUUUGCUUAUUCAAGCUGUCCGGAUGUCCCAGUACUGCAGGGGCUGACAUUCACCCUGCGUCCUGGGGAGGUGACAGCGCUGGUGGGACCCAAUGGGUCUGGGAAGAGCACCGUGGCUGCCCUGCUGCAGAACCUGUACCAGCCCACCCGGGGGCAGGUGCUGCUGGAUGGAGAGCCCAUCUCCGAGUAUGAGCACCGCUACCUGCACAGACAAAUAGCUGCUGUGGGACAAGAGCCACAACUGUUUGGCAGAAGUGUGCGAGAGAAUAUUGCUUAUGGCCUGAUCGAGAAACCACCUCUGGAGGAAAUCAUGGCGGCUGCACUGGAGUCUGGCGCCCAUCAUUUCAUCUGUAGACUCCCUCAGGGUUACGACACAGAGGCAGGUGAGGAUGGAAGCCAGCUGUCGGGAGGGCAGCGACAGGCAGUGGCCGUGGCCCGAGCACUGAUCCGGAAGCCUUGUGUACUCAUCCUGGAUGAUGCCACCAGUGCUCUGGAUGCUGAUAGCCGGUUACGGGUCCAGCAGCUCCUGUACACAAGCCCUACACGGCACUCUCGCUCUGUGCUUCUCAUCACCCAGCAUCUCAGCUUGGUGGAGCAGGCUGACCACAUCCUCUUUCUGAAAGGAGGUGCCAUCUGUGAGCAGGGCACCCACCAGCAGCUCAUGGAGAAGAGGGGAUUGUACCGGGCCAUGGUGGAGGCUUCUGCAGCUGCUCCAGAGUGAAAGACUUUCUGAACCUGCACCCUACCUUUCCCUCCACUUUCUUCUGCUCUCUGUGAUGGAUUUGGGAGGGAAGGUCUUAGUAGACCUGCAGGGUAGGCAGCUGUGGGGAGGAGUCGUCGUCCAAAUGCAACUCCCUAGAAGGUGCCUAACGUUUGCCACUAGUAUUACUUCCUCUCCAAGUGCUACUGCUCCCCCUGGUUUCCUGCCGGUACUUGGGCUUGAUCUCAGGGCCUUGAUUUUUUUUUCCUCUCAAGGUUAGUGCUGUAUCACUUGAGUCACAGUUCCAG